CAAAAUGGCGGCCCCACACAAAAACAUUCCGUUCGUUUAGCGAUUUUAAUUCAUUGUUACUCCAGUGUUACCGAAACAGCCACACUGGUAGAUCGUUCGGAACACCACCGAUAGAUCCAAUUGUCCUCCAUAAACAUCUCGACAAGCAAUAGUCAAGAUGGGAAGGCGGUACCACUGCGACUACUGCGACAAAACCUUCCCGGACAACGUGAACAAUCGCAAGAAGCACCUUCAGGGCAGCCACCACAUUCGGCUGCGCAAGAACCACUACGAUGCGUUCCGCGACGCCGCGAGCCUUUUCCAAGCCGAGUCGGCGAAGAAACCCUGCCGCCGUUUCCAGCAGACGGGCGCCUGCGACUACGGCACCGCCUGCAAGUUCUCGCACAUGAGCUCCGACGACCUGCGAGAGCUCGAGCUUCGCGCCGAAAACGAGAAAGCCGCCCGGGCCGUCGCUAAGUGCCCCGUGUCCGAGGUGACGCUUCGGGACUGGACCGAGAAGCGGUUGAGGGAACAGGGCAGCCUGCCCGAACCGUUCGCGUACAAGGCCAUGAUCAUGAAGCACUGCGUCGGGACCGGAGGACAGUUCGAGCACCUCGUCGGCUCUUCCCUGCGCCCGCCGACUCUGGACGAUCUGUUGGCGUGCCGACCAAAUUCGUGGGCGCGAAGCUCGGAAUGACGAACGUAGUCAACGUGGUACGAAAGGAAAAUGGGACAAAGAGUCCGGAGGGCAUCGUGAGCACGGCCACAGCGGCGUACCUUUGGAUUCCGAUCUUGGUGUCCAGUGAACGAUUUUCAAGACGAUGCCUCAAAAAAGAAACCGGCACAGUGAAUAGUCGUGCUACAAUGCGCUGGAAUGACUUAAGCCAUAAAUCACGUGGAAGCGACCGAUUCUGCGUAUAUGUGCACUCAACAUUGCGCGAGCCCUGCGACCCGGCCGUUUUCGCAGUUAUCAAUCUGCCCAAGACAGCAGUUUGCUGUCCAAACUUUUCGCUGUACUCAAAUACUCAAAACAAAACUGUUGUUGAUUGAAGCGCAUGAUUACAUCGGUACAAUCUCAACACAUUUCUGGUAAGCCAGUUUUGUGACUGGGUCACUCUAGCAGCCCCCUGUGUGACAUCUCGGGGAGACCUACCGUAAAAUUUGAGGAAGUGCCCACUUCAAAUUUUGAGAUAAUCUUGUAAAACUGGGGGAUGGGCAUUCCUUAGGCCAACAACAUGUAAAGAUAUGUCCUCUGUGUAUUUUCUGAAUGUUACAAAAUCGAGGAGUGGGCGCUUAUUGUGGAAGGUGCGGGCACUCGGUAUUUUACGGUAUGCAUUCCCUUUGGGGGUUUGUGCAAUGUUCUGGUGGCCCAAGGAAAUGCUAGGGACCUUAUAAAACCUUGCGACAAGGCAAAAACAAAGAUGAAGCGACAACACGAUAUCUCAAAACACAGUUGCAAGAUUUAUUUAGAGGAUAAGCUCUACACAAAUAAUAGAAAUCUUGCAGCUGUGUUCUCAGACGACAUUGUGAUGUCUCCUUUUUUCUUUUGCUUGGGUUUUCCCCUUUUGUCUCCGGCUUUAUGAGUAUGACUGUUCACCGGCUAGCCUGUGCCAUUUCUCUUAUCUAAGGACAUGUACUCUACACUGCAUGUGUGAUAUGCGAGGAGCGGCCGUAAGGAUCAGAACAUUUGGCAUGCCUUGCAAAAUUCGAAUUUAAACACGCAUACCUAAAAUUGGGCAUGCAAGACUAAAAAGUCUUUUAGAGACUUUUCAGUGUUGUGUCAUUUACCCGCAGUCUCGGUUUUUUUUUUUUUUUCAACCAUGUGCAAUGUACACCUGCUCGUUUGCGCCCUUACAUUUUGUUCAUGCAAGACUAUUUUCUUUAGAGAUCAACUCCGAGGUAAUGAAAUGUUAAAAAAAAAAAAGUGAAAACGGCAGCCAGCAUUACCCAUGUUCUACAACAGCCCAUUCGUUGUCAGCACACUGGUUUGCGAGCUUGCUCCCGGGUGGCUUGCUCAACAGAAAAACGCUGAGAACGCCAUAUUCGCGACUCCAGCGACCUAUAGGGGGCGCCACCACCAAACAAACAUGGCGGCUGAGUCCAGGUCGCGUCGGCUCGGCCGGGCCGCCUGAAUAGGUGGCGCGUUCAAUUUAACAGAUUUUCUUUCGUUUAAUGCCCAAUUUUAUAGGUAUUUGAACUGAGACGGCUCAGUGUGGCCGGUGAAUAUAAAUUUGCAGAACAUAGUUUUGUUUUCCAAGUGUGUUCUUUUUUUUUUUUCAUGCUAAACUUUUGUUUCGGACAUUUCGUUCGAAACCGAAACUAUGGGCUUCUGAAGAGACGGUAUAUACUAAUCAGUUUUGCUCAUCUAAGGAAAGCGGCAAUGACUGCAGAAUUUCUCCCAGCGGCAGUCAUUUUCAGCCAACUCGCAUGCCUCGACCAUGCGACUUAUCUGUCCGCGAAAUCAGGCUUUUGUGCGUGUCCGCGUUUAAGAAACAGCUUCAGUCGUCUGCUCGGUCAACAACACAGGCUGCAGGAAAAUUACGAAAAUUAAGCAAGCGCUUCUUGAGCAAAGGAGCAUGCUGACCCGCCGGCACCCCACUGAGCAGCUGAUACUCGUACAUCAAUUCAGGUUUUAGUAGCAAUCGAGAAGUCAUUUUGACGAGCGGGUUAUGUAUUAUAUUACGUACUAC